CUCCAAAUUAGUCAAAACCAGAAUAUGCGAGUCACCACCGCCAUUGAUAUAUGCGGAAGAAAGAUUCCGAGCAGAAAGUACCAUAACCAUCCAAAUCAUAAUGAAAGAAAGCAAUGAGUAAAUCAAAUAUCUUUUUGUAGUUGGGUUAGUUGGGUUUCUUGGUUUUCCAUUUUCUCCUUUGGCCACAAAAAUUCAGGGAAAAACGCAUAAAGUUAUGGAUUCUCUAAGCUUUCAUAUUCGCCCUCCAACAAUUCCAUCUCAAUCUUCCAUUUCUCCAUCUGUUUCUACUAGAUAUACACUUCCUUUGAAAAUUCACGCUUUGAAAAAACCAUCUUCCCAUGUAUAUUCGAAACGACAUCGUUUGCAUAGUGAUGUUGAGGUGAGAAGUGUAGCUGUGAGAUCAGCUCUUGAUGAGGUGUCUGUCCUUGACCCACCUUCUCCUUCUGAAAGUGAGGAGGGGAAACGCGAGCUUAUUGCUUCUUUGAAGCUCAAUUUACUGAGUGUCGUUUCUGGUCUUAACAGAGGCCUUGCUGCUAGUGAAGAUGAUCUACAGAAGGCAGAUGCUGCUGCCAAGGAGCUCGAAGCUGCAGGAGGGCAAGUGGACCUCCCAAAUGAUAUUGAUAAGUUGCAAGGAAGAUGGAAGCUGAUAUAUAGCAGUGCAUUCUCAUCUCGCACUCUAGGUGGAAGUCGUCCUGGACCUCCCACUGGAAGGCUGCUCCCUAUUACACUUGGACAGGUCUUUCAACGGAUUGACGUGUUAAGCAAAGAUUUUGACAACAUAGUAGAGCUUGAAUUAGGUGCUCCAUGGCCUUUGCCACCUUUGGAAGUGACUUCCACAUUAAGCCAUAAAUUUGAACUCAUAGGAUCUGCAAAGAUUAAAAUAACAUUUGAGAAAACAACAGUAAAGACAACUGGGAACUUGUCACAACUUCCACCCUUUGAAAUACCUCGAAUCCCAGACGCGUUAAGGCCUCCGUCCAAUACUGGAAGUGGUGAAUUUGAAGUUACUUAUCUUGACGCUGAUACUCGUAUCACCAGAGGAGAUAGAGGCGAGCUGAGGGUUUUUGUGAUCUCAUAAUUGUUUACAUGUGCAGCUUUUAUACCAUGCUUUCAAAUUCAAGGCUCUCAGAAGAAUCUUGUCUAUAUCUUUUUGUAUUCUGCAUUUUUCCCUUCACUGAGUGUAUGGCUGGUGACCUUUUUUUCCUCACAGGAAUAAAGAAUCCAUUGUACAAUUGUAAAUUUUACAGUCACAGUCAAUUCUUACCACUUCACAUUCUGAUCUCUAA